AUGUUGGGGCCCGGAUCUGCACAUAACCGUCGUACCGCGGGCGGUAUUGGCAUCGGCCAUUAUGCAGGACAAGCGUUAUAUUUUCAUAAAGCUGCAACCAGUGAAAAACCUCCAGAUUUGAUGCGGCCCUUGACGCUAGAAAAUGCAUACUUGCCGACGCGGUACGCCGUGGAUGUCAAGGUGGACUACGCUAAGCCCAAUUUUUCCGGGCAAUUGGUGGCCGAGGUCGAUAGGACCGGAAUUGAUAAUGAUGAUGAAUUCCGGUUGGUACUUCAUGCACACAAGCUCGUAAUCAUGUCGGCUCAGGUAUCCUGCGAGUCCCAACCUGCAAAGAAGGCUCAGAUUGCAUAUGACAGACAGGCACAGACUGUCACUUUGACGGUACCGGAAAAGCUUCCAAACAAAGUCUCGGUUCACAUAUCUUAUAUGGGCCAGAUCAACACCAUUAAAACAUUCAAAGACACUACUCAGGGACUCUUCAAAACAAAUUAUCUGGACGCUAUAGAAGGAAGAUCAGAUAAUCUUAUCAUCGCUACGCAUAUGCAGCCUCACGGAGCAAGACUAGUUUUUCCGGUAAUCGAUGAAUUGUCUCUCAAAGUUCCUAUAAAGUUGUCAAUUGAGACCAGAGACGACUUUUCUGUUGCCUCGGUGGGAAUCCUCGAGAAAAAGGAUCAAUUAGAAGACGGAAUGGCCAAAUUUCAUUUCAAAGAAACUCCUCCAAUUGCGACAUCGGUUUUUGGAUUUGUUGCAGGUCACUUUGACCAUGUAGAAGCUCACGUAAGUGGAAUUCCCGUGAGAGUUUAUGCUCUUAAAGGAGAAGCGGAAAAUGCUCAAGCUGCGCUUUCCUUGAUCACUAAAUUAUUACCCACUUUGGAGGACCUACUUGGCUGCAAAUUUCCGUUGGACAAACUCGAUUUUGUGGCAUUGCCUUUCUUGUCUGAUGGAGCCAUGGAGAACUGGGGUCUUGUGACUGUGAUUUCGAGUCAGCUUUUAAUUAUGGAUUCUGACGAGGUAUCGCUACAAAGUUUGCACCAACUUCUCGCACACGAAUUGGUUCACCAAUGGAUUGGAAACUUGGUGACUUUUGAAGACUGGCGUGAUCUCUGGUUCAAUGAGGCAUUUGCAACCUGGUUUGGAAACUAUGCGUUGUAUUUGGUGGGUUUGUAUCCAAAUUUCAAACUCAAUAUGAUUCUCGACUAUGAAAAAAUGAUGGAUAGAGAUUGCUUCUUGGGUUCUGGAAUCAUUCCUAGUAUUCAUGACUGCACCAAGUCGUUGAGUACCGGUUUGGAAUGUUCAACUUCUACGUUGUUUGAUAGAACUGCCUACGAAAAAGGUAUAAAUAUGUUGAAUAUGGCUGCAAAUCUUGUCCAACAAGAUACGUUAAAAGUGUCAAAGACAUACGACCGGUUUUCUCUGGCGGUUUCAAAGGUUAUACAGGCUUUCAAGUUCAAGUCUAUUAAGGCUUUUGAGUUUUGGAACGUUGUCAACGACCAUGCUUCGGCAGAUUUGAAUGCGUUUUACCAUUCUUGGGUCCGUCAAUCAGCAUACCCAAUUUUACAGGUUUCAAGAGCAGACGAUACCAUAACAAUUGAGCAAAAUCGAUUCAUUUUCAACUCGGAUCCAAAGUCGCAAGAUAUUGAAAAUUCUCCAUAUCAAGUUCCUCUUUCCAUAAAGGUUUUGGACGAUAAUGGAGACGUCAAAAUACUUAAUUUGGUACUUCUGGACCGCCGAACAGAGAUAAACUUGCCGUCUUCUCGGUUAGUUUUGUUUAAUUUCAAUGGUUCCGGGUACCAUCGUGUGUCUUACCUGGAAAUGCUAAUUGGUGAAAUUUGCAGCAAUGUCAAAUACAUGUCCACCGAAGACCAAAUAUCAUUUAUUUUCGACUCAGGAAAGCUCUUGGGACAGGAAUUGUACACCGAAAACUCAUUAAAGACACUCAUAGCUUAUCUUAGAGUAUUGAGCCAACCAGAAUGGAAGUUGGAUUAUGAGGUUCUCACCAUGGCUAUGAAUUAUUUGGAGACUCUCAACGCCAUUCUUUUACACUUUUCACACUAUAGUGCGUUCCAGAAUUGGCUUGCAAGAUAUACAGCAGAACUCUGGAGCAAAUUGGGCAAUUGGGACAACUUGACAAAUAUUCAACCCAACUACUCACAAAACGAAAUGCUUUCAAGAAACUCAAUUUUGUUGUUGAGUAGAAACCCAGACUCCACCAGUCUCUGCCGCCGGAUAUUCAGGUUGCUAAUGAACCCCAAGCCUGGCUUUUUCGUUCCCAAAGAGCUUUUAUCGGCAGUAUUCAACCUCACCAUGGCGGUUGCGAACCAGAAGGAAUAUAAGCAAAUUCUUCUGAUGGUGAAAAAUUCCAACCUGUCGAUUCUUGCCCAUACCAACGCUUCGGUAUCUGAGUUGCAAACCGUAGCCGUUUCAAGUUUAUCGUUCUGUGAAUCUGAGGAAUUGUUAGCUAAAAGCUUGAAUUUCACCAUGACAAAUAUCGACUCCAAAUUGAUUGAAUUGAGUCUUUUGGGGUUCCAGUUCAAGCCCUCCAAGCACCACCGGCUCAAGAUCUUUGAGUGGUACAAUUUGCAUUAUGAUCAAUGGGCCAAAAAAUCAUUAAGAAAGGGCUCCGAUUGGGCGAAACAGCUUGCACUGACAAUGAAGAAUAUGGACCUUAUUAUUUUGGGAGACAUAAUGCAAUACGACAAAGAGCUUAUUUUGAAGAGAAAGCGGUUUGUCGAGGAGAAAUUGGCAAAGUUGCUGGAACACGGUCUUAAAGAUAUUAUGGAGGAGAUCGAGGCUCAAAAUGAGGAGAAGAAAAUUAUUGGAAAGUAUUAUGACAGACUUGAGAAAGAGGUGUUUGAGUAA